GUGAAAGCGAGUAUUGACAGCAGUGAGGAUGGUCUCUUCUUGUAGAUGGCCGCUCUUCUGUGAGCAGAUCAGAUCAUCAGAUGGAGCUGGACUCCUCUUCACUAACCUGCCUCGCGGUGCUUUGUCUGCUCGGAGCUGCAGAAAUCUCCAGCAUCGAAAACAACACUUGCUGUCCAGAUAUUCCUCAAGCGAAUAACACUAAACCUCCCGAGGUCCCCUGCUUCCAAAUUAACAGCAAAUUCCGAUACAAGUGCAUAUAUGGCUAUGUGAGGAAGUCGGGAACCUCUAAUCUCCUCAAAUGCAAUGGCACAGCUUUCAUUUACACCCCCUCCACAAAAGAGAAAUUCGAAUGUAUACUUAACCCAAACAACAUCACAGCACCCCCCAAGAGCACAGCAACAAGUAAGUCGGGACACACCCAUGUCCAUAUCCCCCAUGAAUCCACCGCUUCCUCCAUAGUCACUUCCCGCAGUCUUCAGACCAGCCAAAGUAUACAGCCGUCAGCCCCCCUGAGUGCAGAGACCACCUCCAGCUCCACCUUUUCCUCUCUUGCCCCGCCCGGAUCCUCCCAGGGGGCGGUAGAUUCCAUGCCAGGGACCGAAGCAUCCAAAUCACAUGGCACACUUUCCACCACGACUGAGGCGUCCAACAACGGGACAAUUAUUCCGGGAAUGCUCUCCUCCUCGGCCCCCAGAAUUGUGAUCGGCUGUGUUUCACUGGUGAUUUUCUGUGCUUUGGUGGGAAUCAGCUUCUUUUUCUAUAAAAGGUCCAAAAACGAGAUCCCUCACCGGACCGAUGAACAGAUACCCAUGAAAAUGGAUCCACGUGACUGACAGGAGAAUGGGUUAUUAGACUGUGUAAAUCACAUAUAAUGGCUGGCUCCAUGACAUUUGUUGUAUGAAGUUAAACUGACUUUUUAAUGAGCAGAUCUAAACCAAAUAUUUGAUCUUCAUUUGAGGAACUUUAAUUGUUGAAGACUGUGAUCUUCUGUUGCUACAAGAUGUAGACGUAUGUUGGUGAUAUUGUCUUCAAAUCCCAUGAAAUUACAAAAAGAAGCAAUUAGUCAAUUCCCAACUACAGGUAUGGUUAUUUAUAGAUCUUAGUGCCUUGUGCCAGAGUUCCAUUGUUCUGUAGAAAUGAUUGAAACACAUAAGUGGGCCGCACCAAUGAUCACAUUAGCAUCUAAAAAAAUGCCCUAACUAAACUACAUUUCACUAAAGAAAAACCUUGCUUGUCAUUUUCUUAAUUUCUUUCAUUUUUUGUAAAGCACUUUGAAUUGCCUUGUGUUGAAAGGUGCUAUAUAAAUAAACUUACCUUGCCUUGCCUUCACCCCAUGAUCUGGGAGUCAGCACUGCAGGCUAAGAAGCUACCCAAAGGGCAAAAUGCUAACUACGAUAGGCUAAUUUUAAGGACCAUAGUAAGAUCUGCCUUUAUUUUGAUAUUCAUAUCUGUGGUCAUCCGAAUAAGUACAGUGAUACAACUGUCAAGUAAUAUCCGAGUAGCUUUUUAGGAGCUUGUCACUGAAUCCUAUCACAACCGUAUUGUGGCAUACUUAGUUAUAUCAGCAAAUAUAUCAUAGUCCAAUAAAUAGAUUUAUAGCUUCAAGAUUAACUCGUGAUUUACUCUCCAACUAUUUAGCAAACGUAGCUUACUGUGAACGCCUAUAUUUCUUCAUCUCUUAUCUGUUUUACUCAUCUGAAAUGCUAAGCCUGAUGUUAUUUGUGUAGUGGUUGUACUGAACCAUGCACUGAACAAAGACUGUCAGUAAUCUACAGAGCAUUGUCACUUAAAAAUGUGGUCCAUCCAUUACAGGACACAGUUUAUCUUAUUUCUGCAGCCACUUUGGUACAAUGAAAUGUACAGAAUAUUUGUUUCCUCUAAGAGAACCAAAGCAUUACAUGACAAACCCAACAGCAGGUUCAGGUCUGCGAAUGAAUAGUGGGAAAGUAAACAAUUCCUAUAUCAUAAAAAUAAA